AGCAGCAUACACAGAACCUCCUGCUACAAUCUUAUACUCGUUAGCAUCUUUAUUACUGAAACAGACAGCUCUCAUUCAGACUUCAAGAUGAAGUGCAGAAUCUUCUGUGUGGUUGUGCUUCUGGCCUUCUUCACCGUUAGUGAAGUGCAUAUUGCAGGGAUGAGUCUGCGUGGCCUGGGUGUGGAACCACGCUGUCGCUGCAGUGGGACAGAACGUCGCCGCAUCGGCAAACUGAUCGAGAGCAUCGAGCUCUUUCCUCCCAACCCUCACUGCAAAGAUACUGAGAUAAUAGCCACAUUAAAGAGCACCGGACAAGAGAUCUGCCUGGACAUCACAGCUCCAUGGGUGCAGAAGAUCGUUGAGAAGAUUAUGGCUAAUAAAGCGCCCUGAACAUCGCACACUGUAUUCUCUCCUGGACCUCUGCUUCUGCUGGGAGACCAGUCAACUCUAUCUAUCAAAACAUCUUUUCUGGCUGGGCCAUACGUUAUGGACUUUAUGGACAGAUCUUUACAGACAGAAUUUCUGACUGCAACUUUAUUAUUUAUCUCAGUAUUUAUCUAUUUAUAUGUCGACGUGAUAUUUAUAACAAUUGUAUUUUUUAUUGACUGUAUUUUUUUUUUCUAAUUUGUACAAAAAUAAAGUGCCUUUUUUA